CAACUGCCGGUUCUCGGCAGUACUUUCCUCAUUUGAUCUGACAGCGUGAGGAAAGUGCAGCCGAGAACCGGCACUUGCAUUUUCCUGUGAUCAGCGUGUCAUUGGACACCGCUGAUCACGUGGUAAAAGGCCGGUGGGAUCGGCCUUUCACCACAUCUCGUGAUCAGCUGUGUCCGGCACUGAUGAUCAGUGCCCUGAUGAUCGGUGCCCACCAGUGCCACCCCACAGUUCCGCCCACCUGUGGGCCAGCAGUGCCACCCACCAGUGCAGCCCAGCAGUGCUGCCUAUCAGUCAAUCAGUGCUGCCUCAUCAACGCACAUCAG